ACUGGAGCCGGAACCAUGCGCGUUCAGUUAGAAGUUCAUUUGCAGAUCCUCCUAGCUGUUGGUCUGGCUAUCUUCUGCUUCAGCCUCAUGCUGGGCUGCAUCAUUUGUUGGCGCCGCAGGAAAUCCCACUCGUCUGAUAGUAAAGAGGAGGGGUUUUAUCUGCACUCCACCUCUACGGAUCAUGUGACUGUGACUCUCAGGUCGUCUCCAUCGAUCAAAAUUCUUCCAGUCAAGCAGCAGUAUGAAGAGCUGGACGGUGAUGUAUUGGACUAUCCAUCUGAGGCUAGCAGCUUUACGCCGUCUGAUGACAACCAGAGCACUUUUCCACAGGUCUCAACAAGUUUGAAAGUCCCUCAGAAGUCACGAUUCGCCUUACGCCGCCUGAGCACCCCAUCUGCCCCCUGUUCUCCCUUUAAACCGGCUGUCCAUGGCCGAGCCUCGCUCCCAAGUAUCCCUAAACUUACCCUGGGGUCUAAAACACGCCGCACUCUGGAUCGUCGCUCAACAGUGACUGGAGACAGCUUCCUGGCGGGUACUGACCCUGAGCAUUCGCCAUCGAGCCAACAGGGGGAACUCUCUCCAUCUCAAUACAGCUCCAGUUUGAGCUCCAGACGCAGCUCCUUCACGAACAAGCAGCCUCCUGCAGUUCAGUUCACCUUGCUGUUCUGUCCAGCAGAUGGCACUCUCACCAUCACAAUCCUCAGUCUGUUCAGGGGCUCCAGGAGGCUCAGUGGUGCUAUGGUGCGUGCCAGCCUGCCCCCACAGUGCCCCUCUGCCUUGCAGGCAGUGCCGUCACGCAGAAACAGCCUGAGCCUAGAACCUCAAGCUCAGGUGUUCAUUCUGAAGGUCGGAUCUGUAGAAGAGCUUCGGGCCUGCACGCUCAAACUGGCAGUGUUCUGUAAAGAUUUCUCAGGUCUCCGUGAGACACCGCUGGGUGAUCUAGAGCUCAACUGUAGCGAGAUGGACUGGGAGCCCGAUACCGUCAUCACAUACAACCGUCAACUCAAUCCUGCUAGGAGGCGAGUCAAAAAGAGCUACAGUACUCAGGAAUCUUUGGGCAUAUUGAGGACAUCGGUUAGUAUUUCAAAGCCUUUGGGUCAACUUUUUGUCCUGCUUCAGUACCAGACUCAGGCCCAUCGGAUCAAAGUGAUGGUGCGCAAAGCCGAGAACCUGGCCAAGCUCACUCGAAUGCCUGGAGCUGCAGAUCAUUAUGUUGUCAUUAACAUGCGUCAGGGUGGGAAAGUGAUCAGUACUAAAGAGACGAAGGGAGCGAGUGGACCUAACGCGGUGUGGAACGCACCUUUCCUGUUCGAUUUACCACCCGGUGACAUCAUCAGACUUCCACUAGUCCUGGAGUUCAUUGUUAUGCAGGGACGAUUGUACACGAAAAGCAGUGUGCUCGGCCGCGUUCUGAUUGGCUCUGAGGGUCCGGAGACGGGGCAACAACACUGGAAGGAGAUGUGCAGCCGAGGGCAGGUGGAAACAGCGCGCUGGCACACACUCCUGUCAGACACACUGUAA